GUGUGUGCCUGCGCUGGUGUUCUCUGCUGGCUGAGGGACUUUUCCAUAGCUCCUGCCUCAGUACCUGGAUGUGCUGGCAGCGGGAUGAUCGGCUUGGCUCGCGGAGCAUUUACUUCUAAUCUCCGGCUUGUGACAUCCCAGCAGAAAGGGGCAAACCUUUCAGGAGCAGCUCUGCGGGCUAGGCAGAGGGGAAAUGGCUGGUGAAUGGAUGUGGUGAGAGAUUUCCUAGUUCUGGACAUGACCUUCAGCACCACAAUGAAUCAGGAAAAACCUGUCAAAUCCUCCUAGCUCCCCGGCUGUGCAAUUUGCUGUUCCCUCCCUGUUCCCCAGACAGCAGCUUUUCUCACCCAAGACACAGGAGCCAGCAAGUCACAAAUGACAGCUGAAAACUGAAGCAUUACCAAAAGCUGCGUGAGACUCUGUCAAAGAGAACCUUUAUAUAUAAUUCUCCUUCCAAGCCUGGGAAGCUGAGCAUCCCAUCACUUCCAAAGAGCGGAGGGAAGAUAUGUUCAAGUAACCAACAACCGAAACUGCACCAAUCCAUACCCAUUUUAGAAUAUCUACACAGUGACCUGCAGCACUUAGAACUCUCCGUUCAGGAUGGAUGAUGGAUAUAGAAACACAAACCAGGUCUCAGAUGACUACAGGUACCAGGAUGGCAACUACAACGCGCCCAACGACGGCUACUACCGGGGCGGGGAUGAGCCCGCGCAGGAAGAGGAUGCCCAGAGCGAUGUCACAGAGGGCCACGAUGAGGAUGAUGAGGUCUAUGAGGGGGAGUACCAAGGCAUCCCACACCCAGACGACAUUAAAGAGAAGCAGAAGAAGCGAGCCCCUGCCGUGGAUGAUGAGUACAGAGACCGUGCUGACCUCAUGGCCGAGAGGAUGGAGGAUGAGGAGCAACUCGCCCACCAGUAUGAGAACAUCAUUGAGGAGUGUGGCCACGGACGCUUCCAGUGGACUCUCUUCUUUGUUUUAGGGUUGGCACUGAUGGCAGAUGGGGUGGAGGUGUUUGUGGUUGGAUUUGUGCUCCCCAGUGCUGAGAAGGAUAUGUGCUUGUCCAGUUCCAACAAAGGGAUGCUGGGCUUGAUAGUCUACUUAGGAAUGAUGGUGGGGGCUGUCUUGCUGGGCGGCCUUGCUGACAAACUGGGAAGAAAGCAAUGCCUCAUCAUAUCACUCGCAAUCAAUGCUGCCUUUGCGUUCCUCUCCUCCUUCGUCCAGGGUUAUGGAUUCUUCCUCUUCUGCCGCCUUAUCUCAGGCCUCGGUAUUGGGGGCACCCUCCCCAUCGUGUUUGCCUAUUUCUCUGAAUUCCUGUCUCGUGAGAAGAGAGGGGAACACCUGAGCUGGCUCUGCAUGUUCUGGAUGAUUGGUGGCAUUUAUGCCUCAGCAAUGGCUUGGAGCAUCAUCCCACAUUAUGGCUGGGGGUUCAGCAUGGGAACCAAGUACCACUUCCACAGCUGGAGAGUCUUUGUGCUCGUGUGUGCUCUGCCCUGUAUCGCCUCCCUGGUGGCACUGAAAUUCAUGCCUGAAAGCCCACGGUUUCUGCUGGAGAUUGGCAAACAUGAUGAAGCUUGGAUGAUUCUCAAGCAAGUCCAUGACACCAACAUGCGGGCCAAGGGCGAGCCGGAGCGGGUGUUUACGGUUUCCUAUAUCAAAACUCCAAAGCAAGUAGAUGAAUUUAUUGAAAUCCAGAGCUCAACAGGGACCUGGUACCAGCGGUGGCUGGUCAGAAUCACGACUACAUUAAAACAGGUCUGGGACAACGUGCUAUAUUGUUUAACAGCCCAGUACAGGAUGAACACACUGAUGCUGGCUGUGGUUUGGUUUACAAUGGCCUUAAGUUACUAUGGCCUUAUUGUCUGGUUCCCUGACAUGAUCCGCUAUUUCCAAGACGAGGCAUAUGAAUCCCGAGUGAAGAUCUUUGAUGAGGAAGAAGUGUCCCAUUUCACCUUUAAUUUCACCCUGGAAAACCAGAUCCAUAGAAAUGGGGAGUACAGGAAUGACAAAUUUAUUGGCAUGAAAUUCAAGGAAGUGAGAUUUGAGGAUUCAUUAUUUGAGGAUUGCUACUUUGAAGAUGUGAGAUCCAGUGAGACCUUCUUUGAAAACUGCACCAUCAUCUCUACUGUCUUUUAUAACACUGAUCUCUACGAACACAAAUUCAUCAACUGCAGGCUCAUCAACAGCACCUUCAUGAAGGAGAAGGAAGGCUGCCACAUCGACUUUGAGGAGGACAAUGAUUUUCUGAUCUACCUGGUCAGCUUCCUGGGCAGCCUGUCUGUGCUGCCAGGCAACAUCAUCUCUGCUCUGCUCAUGGACAAAAUCGGGAGGAUAAAGAUGAUUGGCGGCUCAAUGCUGAUCUCAGCCGUGUGCUGCUUCUUCCUGUUCUUCGGGAACAGCGAGUCGGCGAUGAUCGGCUGGCAGUGCCUCUUCUGCGGGGCCAGCAUCGCCGCCUGGAACGCCCUGGACGUCAUCACCGUGGAGCUCUACCCCACGGACAAAAGGGCAACAGCCUUUGGCAUCCUCAAUGGGCUUUGCAAGUUUGGUGCCAUCCUGGGGAACUCCAUCUUCUCCUCCUUCGUGGGGAUAACCAAGGUGGUUCCCAUCCUUCUGGCCUCCUCCGCUCUGGUUGGAGGUGGCCUGCUGGCUCUGCGCCUGCCAGAGACUCGAGAGCAGGUCCUGAUGUGAGCAACAGAGGCCGUGGGGGCUUGUGGGGGGGCAGAUGUAGAAGAAGAACAAAAAAGAGCCAUGUCUGGAAAACUGAAAACAUUCAUUCUGUACUGUUCUGUCGAUACCUCAAAGCAAGACGGCAGAGGGAAAGAGGAACCCGGAGGGAUUUAAACAAAACCAUCGUUCCUGACCUUAUUACAGCCACAGCUGGUGCAUGCAGCCCCCACACACCCCUGGCAGAGCUUGGGUUCCACCCUGCCUAUGCUGGGAGCCCCCCUGUCCCUGUCCAUCCCCUGCAAGGACACCAGAGGCAGGCAGCGGCUCCGUGCCCGCGUGGGUGUGACACGGGAGGACAGACCCGACCCUCCUGCCUGGCCAUCCACCUCAGCUGUGCUCAGACACACGGAGCAUCCGGGGAGGGCAGGUAACCAGCCUGCUCUAGGCGAGUUCCAGCAACAGGGCUGAGAGUUGCAGAUGUGGCCACGGGCCCCAGCUGUCUUGAUUUUGGGAUUACCACUCCUGGUUUCUUGAGGAUGUGAAGAUGGGUGCUCGGCUGUCUCAGAAGACUCAGAGCUUCAAAGCCCUUUACUGUCUUCACUUGGGCACAGGGAAUCACUAGACACCUUCUUGCUGUGGAAGAGAAAUAUCUAAAUAAUUAUAUAUAUAUAUAUAUGUAUUUACACCUACUUGCAAACAUACGUACACCCAUUGAAGUGAUCAACUAUUAAAAUUUAGGAUUUCUAAUUCCUGCACCCUUAAGAGGACUUUAAGAGUGACACUAAAAACAAAUCCCAGUAAUUCAAGUUUAUCAGGAGUCAUGACCAAUUUAGUAACACUUUGUUCUUUACAUCCAGAUACCAAAUAUUUAAAUGUAUUAGUGGCUGGGAAUAUAUAUUUCUAUAAUGAUUAAGAGGGUUUUUUCCUUACAGCUUUCACAGAGGAGAAAUCGAUAUGAUAUUGGAGCAUUCCACAAACCAAAUGUGUACAUAUUAUCCAGUGUAAAUAGGGGAUUUUUGCCUAAUACCUAGAGAAUGGUAACUGUGAAUUUACCAGCAUUUUAGCCAUAUUAUUUGAAGAAUAUGAUGCUUGAUUUUCUAAUAUACUUGGGUCUCAUUGAAACACUGUAAGCACAGUUACUUAAAGCCAUUUAACCUUGUUACACAGGGAAUGCACACAGCAAGCUUUCACUGUACAGAACAUUAAAUUCCCCAUUAAGUGGCACAGUUUAGUUUGGUAUCCUGUAGAGAACAUUUCUGAAAUUCGUGUGCCCUUUUUAUCACUCAAGUUAAGUCCUGUUGCACCUAGAGGCAAAGUGAGUUGUGCAUUUUGGGGUGUGUUUUCUUGGGAAACCAGAACGAAAAGACACUGUUCAAUAACACACCAGUGCUCACAAUGGAUGAGAUAACACUAAUUAUACCCUUUCAACGAGCUCAGCAACAGACCAGAAUUGAUCUGAAACCACCACAUAGUGCAGCUAAUUUGUCAACCAGGAUAUUCUGUGACAUAAAAAAGUUCUUUUGUACUUUUGCUGGUGAUCUUCUCAUUUACCUUUUGUUGGUUUUUGUUUGUUUUUGCUUUUUUGGUGAUUUUUUUUGUUUGUUUUUUAAGAAAACCAAGA